AAGAGGUGAAGAGGGGAGAGAGAAAGAAAAGUGAAGUAUCGAUGAGGAGAGUGGGACAUGAAGAGAGAGAAUAUAGGAUGUUUGGAUUGGUUUGAGUCCUCUGAUGCUCUCAUCUCAUUUCUCCCUGAAAGAACUGCAAUAGUCGGAACGGGCGCGAGCAGUGAAAAAAAGGCGCCACCAACGUCCGAGAACCGCCCACCGCUAUGGGAUGCACGGCGUCUAAGCUAGACAACGAGGACACUGUAAGGAGAUGCAAGGAGCGGCGCCGCCUCAUGAAGGAGGCUGUCUACGCCCGCCACCACCUCGCUUCCGCUCAUUCCGACUAUCUACGCUCUCUUCGCCUCACUGGCUCUGCCCUCGCCGACUUUGCCGCUGGAGAACCCCUCUCUGUAGCCGAACAAACCCCCUCUAUUCUCCUUCGCCAUCCUUCAAUCUCUUCUUACCGCCCACCGCCACCGCCACCUCCGCCAUUACGAGCACCGCCACCUCAGUCUCCCCAGCCACCACCGCCACCCCCGCCUUUCUCUCCUUCUUCAUCUCCCACUAUUGCAAGCUCAAAGCUCCCUCACAUCCUCUCUGAAUCAAGCCCCUCCUCUACUCCCCGUCAAAAGCCCGCCGCAAAAUAUAAUUACCCGUUUAAUUUCCCGGCGAACUCCACCUACUGCAGCACUCCCUCUCAAGCCUCAUCCGUCUGGAACUGGGAGAAUUUUUACCCUCCCUCCCCUCCGGGUUCGGACUUCUUCCGGCGCCCCAAAGACGAGGACCAACAUUCUGACCACAACCACGAUAACCAAUCCGACCAUGACCACAGCCACCAUCACCUCGACCACGACGAAAACGACGACGACGACGAAAGAACCGAUAGAGAGGAAGUACAUUGCAGCGAAUGGGGCGAUCACUACAGUUCCUCCAGCUCCGACACGAAAUCCGAAAACGACAACGAAGGAGACCGAGACACGAGAUCGGAGAUCGGUUCAAGAUCGAAUUUUGGAUCUUCGGUUCACAAAGAAGCCACGGUGAAGUCGAAUUACGCUCCAAUGGGGAAAUCAGAGAAAUCCGAUGAUGCUGGAUCUUCGGUUAGUUGGAAUGCCGGCACUGGCGAGAUCCAAGAUAUGAGACUUGUUGUUAAGCAUCGGAAUCUAGCAGAGAUCGUAGCAGCGAUCAAGGAGUACUUCGAGAAGGCUGCUACAGCUGGCGAACAAGUCUCGGAACUGCUAGAAACUGGUCGUGCUCAGCUUGACCGGAGUUUCAAGCAAUUGAAGAAAACUGUGUACCACUCGAGUAGUUUAUUGAGUAACCUAAGCUCUACCUGGACUUCGAAGCCACCGUUGGCGAUUAAGUACCGGCUGGACGCCGGUUCGCUCGAUGAAUCGGGCGGUCCAAAGAGCCACUGCUCGACGAUGGAGCGGCUCUUGGCCUGGGAGAAGAAACUUUACGAAGAAGUGAAGGCUAGAGAAGGAGUGAAGCUCGAGCAUGACAAGAAGUUGUCAUUGCUACAGAGUCAGGAGUACAGGGGGCAGGAAGCAAAGCUGGACAAGACCAAGGCAUCAAUAAACAGGCUUCAGUCACUUUUCAUUGUCACCUCGCAAGCUGUGUCCACCACCUCUUCUGAAAUUAUUCAGCUCAGAGACAAAGAGCUUGCCCCGCAACUUGUCGAGCUCUGUCAUGGGCUCAUGUACAUGUGGAGAUACAUGAACCAAUUCCAUGAGAUCCAGUACCACAUUGUCCAACAAGUAAGGGGCCUUGUGAACCAAGCCACCAAAGGGGAAUCAACCUCUGAACUCCACCGGCAAGCAACUCGCCACCUUGAGUCAACUGUGUCUGCCUGGCACUCCAACUUCUGCCGUCUAGUAAAAUAUCAACGUGACUAUAUCCGAUCUCUCCAUGGUUGGCUUAAGCUCUCUUACAUUCUUGUUGGUGAUGACAACAUCAGUGGUAGCAAAGAUGCAUCCCUUGCUGUCCAGGCCAACUCUGAUCUCUUUACCUUCUGCGAUGAAUGGAAAUUGGCCCUUGACCGGCUUCCUGACACUGUAGCAUCUGAAGCCAUCAAGAGCUUUGUUAAUGUAGUACAUGCAAUUGUUGUGAAGCAAACUGAGGAGAUCAAGAUCAAAAAGCGGACAGAGACAGCCUCAAAGGAUCUUGAGAAAAAGUCUCUAGCACUCCGCAAUAUUGAGAAAAAGUUCUAUCUUUCCUACUCAAUGGUUGGCAUUGCACCUCCAGAAGGUGGGUCUGAUGGGCAUGUUUUGGAUGCAAGAGAUCCCCUUGCCGAAAAGAAGUUGGAGCUUGCAUCCUGCCGAAGGCGGGUGGAGGAUGAGAUGAUGAAACAUGCAAAGGCAAUUGAGGUGACAAGGGCGAUGACACUAAAUAACAUACAAACAGGGUUGCCAGGGGUUUUCCAGGCAAUGACUGGAUUCUCAGGGUUAUUUACCGAGGCUCUUGAGGUGGUAUGUACACGUUCCUAUAAUAUUAAAUAAGUAAAUAAUGCAGUGUCCUUUUAUUGAGGUAAAUUAGAUGAGCAAAGGCUGGAUUUUUCCAGGCAUUCUGUUAUUUUUUUUUUUACUUGUGUAGAUAAAGGAAUUUUAUCUUCUUUGAAGGAGAGGGGGUCUUUGUUGUACAGGAAAUUGCUUGAGUUGUUAAGAGAGGUUGACUUUUUGAGCCGAUUAAUAAAUAUAUGGCCUUUCCCCCA